UUUUUUUUCGUGCUAGUGAAAGUUCAGAUAAAUAUUCUGGUAAAUUUAGAGCUAAGCUCGGUUUUCCGAUGUUCAAUAAGUUUUCAUCGCCGUCGAUGAACACAGUACAUUGUCGUCCAAUUUUCUACUCGUGUAGGUCUACAAAACAAUAAAAUGAAAUUUGUAGUACGCUAAUUGACCAAUGCAUUCAAAGAAAAUCUGCACAGGCCUUAAAACUAGAAUAGCACAGUAUUGGUCCCAUUUGUCUCUGUGAGUUGUCACAAAAAUGGGUGACUGCUGUGAAGAAGUAGUGCAAUUUGAUCUCUUAGACUCCUCAAUUCAAAAAAUUGUGAACAAAGCUAAAGCAGUUAGAGAGAGGGCAUAUUGUCCAUAUAGCAAAUUUUCAGUUGGAGCUGCACUACUUUGUGAAGAUGGAGCAAUAAUUGAUGGCUGCAAUGUUGAAAAUGUUUCAUAUGGCUUGACAAUAUGUGCAGAACGGUCUGCCAUUUGCAAAGCUAUCUCUCAAGGGCAAAAAAUUUUCAAAAGUAUAGCGAUUUGUGCUGAGAUGAAAGAAAAAUUUGUUGGUCCCUGUGGAGCCUGCCGUCAGGUGCUAGCUGAAUUCAGUUUGGAUAUGGACAUCUAUUUGUGUAAGCCUAACAAUGAAAUUGUAAAGACCACGGUGGGGAAACUUCUGCCGCUUUCAUUCAACCCAAAUUGGGUGUCAUUUUCUUCGUGAAUCGGUAAAAAAAAACAUUAGUAUCUCUGUUCAUGUUUUUCGAUAAUAAGUAACAUGUUGUAGAUUCAUUAUGCUUAGUGGUUCUGUGCAAUAAAGUCACAUCAACUAACCAA